AUGUUCCUGUCCGGCGAGAUCGGCGCCGAACUGGUGCAAGGGCAAGACCUGCUGGUGGACAAUGGCUUCGUCUAUAUGCGCACGACCAAAGGCCUUCAACGUGUGGACAUCAUCUAUCGGCGUGUGACGACGACUUUAUUGACCCCCUUGUAUUCAGACCUGACUCCAUGCUCGGUGUUCCUGGGGCUGAUAGAUGCCUAUAAGCGCGGCAAUGUGACGGUAGUAAAUGCUCCGGGCACGGGCGUCGCCGAUGACAAGAGCGUGUACGCGUUCGUGCCCGAUAUGAUUCGAUACUACCUGAGCGAAGAGCCUCUUUCUUCUGGCCAAUGUGGAAACAUACCUGUGCCGACGGCCUGA